AUCUUGUUGUACGGUAACACUAAAAUUGACUUUAAUUUGGCGCCUUUUUAUGUUUGCAAUUAGCAAUUUUCCGCCUCUUGUGAAAUAAAGCCAUCAACAUGAUGAAGAAUAAAUCUGUAAAAACCACCAAAUUAUAUGUUAUUAAAAGAGAUGGCAGACAGGAGGAAGUACAUUUUGAUAAAAUAACCUCAAGAAUACAGAAGCUGUGCUACAACUUAAACAUGGAUUUUGUUGAUCCUGUUUCCAUUACCUUGCAAGUUAUCAAUGGUCUGUAUUGUGGAGUGACUACUCAGGAACUUGACAACUUGGCUGCGGAAAUCGCAGCGGGAUUGACUUGUAAUCAUGCCGACUAUGCAAUCCUAGCUGCUCGCAUUGCAGUUUCUAAUUUGCACAAGGAAACAAGAAAGGUUUUCUCUGAUGUCUUCGAGGAUCUGUACAAUCAUGUAAAUAAGGAAACGAAUCAAAGAGUUCCCCUAGUAUCCGAAUUCCAUUACAAUGUGGUUAAGAACAACGCCACUCGCUUGAAUUCAUCUAUAAUCUACGAUCGCGACUUUGGGUAUAAUUAUUUCGGGUUUAAAACCCUCGAACGUUCUUAUUUGUUAAAGAGAAACGGUAAGAUCGCUGAACGGCCGCAACAUAUGUUGAUGCGCGUUGCGAUCGGAAUCCACGGGGAAGAUAUCGAUGCGGCCGUAGAAACGUAUAAUCUUUUGUCAGAGCGGUACUUCACUCAUGCAUCACCAACGCUUUUUGCAGCAGCCACAAAUCGGCCGCAGUUAUCUUCAUGUUUCCUUUUAACCAUGACAGCCGACUCCAUCGAAGGCAUUUUUAAGUCUGUGGAGCAAUGUGCCAUGAUUUCUAAAUCUGCUGGUGGCAUUGGACUAAAUGUUCAUUGUAUCCGAGCAAAGGGUACUUCGAUAUGCGGAACAAAUGGAACUUCCAAUGGACUGGUUCCCAUGCUGAGGGUCUUCAAUAACGUUGCGCGUUAUGUGGAUCAGGGAGGCGGCAAGCGUCCAGGAGCCUUUGCUAUUUACCUGGAGCCCUGGCACUCUGAUGUCUUUGAAUUUCUGGAACUCAAGAAAAACACUGGCAAGGAAGAGAAUCGCGCCCGAGAUCUUUUUUACGCCUUGUGGAUACCUGAUCUUUUCAUGAAACGUGUAGAGGCCAAUGGAGAUUGGUCCCUUAUGUGCCCGCACAAAUGCCCUGGCCUUCACGAUGUAUGGGGCGAUGAAUUUGAAAAGUUAUAUGUGAAAUAUGAGCAAGAGGGCCGUGCCAACCGAACAGUUAAGGCUCAAUCCUUAUGGUUCGCCAUUAUUGAAGCACAAGUGGAAACUGGAAAUCCGUAUAUGCUCUUCAAGGAUGCCUGCAACAGGAAGAGUAACCAGCAGAAUGUUGGCACCAUUAAAUGCAGUAACUUGUGCACAGAAAUCGUCGAGUACUCCUCCCCGGAUGAGAUUGCAGUUUGUAACUUGGCAUCCAUCGCUCUUAACAUGUUUGUCACACCGGAAAAGACAUACGAUUUCAAAAAACUAAAGGAAGUCACCAAGACGGUUACCAGAAACCUCAACAAGAUAAUCGAUAUCAACUUUUAUCCGCUGCCAGAGGCAAGGAAGUCCAAUUUGAGGCAUCGCCCCGUGGGCAUCGGAGUUCAGGGCUUUGCUGAUGCAUUAAUUCUCAUGCGAUUCCCAUAUGAAAGUGAUGAAGCGAGCCUCUUGAAUCAGCAGAUAUUCGAAACGAUUUACUAUGGGGCUUUGGAAGCCAGUUGUGAAUUAGCUCAGAUCGAAGGCCCAUACGAAACUUAUGAGGGAAGCCCGGUAAGCAAAGGAAUUUUGCAGUACGACAUGUGGGACAAAGUGCCGACGAACCUCUGGGACUGGCAAAAGCUAAAGGAGUCGAUAAAGAAGCACGGUGUCCGGAACUCCCUGCUGGUUGCUCCUAUGCCAACAGCAUCUACAGCUCAGAUUAUGGGCAACAACGAAUCUUUCGAGCCGUAUACUACUAAUAUUUAUACCAGACGAGUUCUGUCUGGCGAAUUCCAGGUGGUUAACCAUCAUUUGUUGAGGGACUUGACUGAGCUGGACUUGUGGGACGAUGACAUGAAGAACCAAAUCAUUUCCAGCAGGGGUUCAAUUCAAAAUAUUGAGACUAUUCCACAGAAGGUUCGUGAUCUUUACAAAACCGUUUGGGAAAUCUCUGUGAAGUCCACAAUUAAAAUGGCCGCUGAUCGUGGUGCGUUUAUAGAUCAGAGUCAGUCCUUUAAUAUCCAUGUAGCAGAGCCAAACUAUGGAAAACUGACGUCCAUACACUUUUACUCCUGGAAAGCUGGGCUCAAAACCGGAAUGUAUUAUCUGCGGACAAAACCAGCUGCGAAUGCCAUUCAGUUCACCGUGGACAAGAAACUGAGUGCUUUAAAGCUAAAUGGUCAGAAUGGCACCUCUGAGGAAAGCCCACAAAAUUACGAAUCUGAAAGAGAACGAAAAAUGGCCGAUAUGGUAUGUUCUCUUGAAAAUAAGGACGCUUGUAUGUCGUGUGGCUCUUAAGAGCAAGGAACUAAGUUAGCAUAUAUUUAAUUGUAUUAUGUAAUCACAACUUUGAAAUAAACCUAAAUUAUGGAACGA